CGCGUGCUUCUGGCUGUCCAAACGUUCCAGAGCGGAUCUGACCGAGCCAGACUCAUACCUGUCAUUGCUACUCGGCGACUCCUUACAUUCAGACAUACGCGGUUUUUUUCCAAGGCGUUUUCUCUAACAGACUCAGGAGUUAGCAUUCCGGACAACAGCAAAAGACUUUGUAUACAUGACUGAGGCCACACCGUGAAAGGACUGCUUACUCUUCAGUCUGUGUCAUUGAGUGAUAUUUACACGUUAACGGUCGCCUAAAGAGCAAGUGGAGGUUCAUCGCAACUAUCAAGAUGAUAGAAGAGCUCGAGCAAAUCCUGUUACAGCUGACACAGCCUGACAAUGCCAUUAUACAGCAGGCCACAGUCCAGCUGAAGCAGGCUUUCAAAGACCCGGCUAUAAUACCAGCCCUUUGUGCUGUCAUGAGUGGCUCCCAAAACCCUGAGAUUCGCCAGUCAGCCGCAGUGAUGCUGAGGUUAAGAGUGAAGAAACACUGGAAUAAGAUCAGCCCAAAUGACAGAGAGAGCCUAAAAGCGGUGGUGCUCCAAGCCUUCUCCAUGGAAGCAGAACACAAGGUGCAGCACUCGGUCUCCCAACUUUGUGCAGUGAUGGUCAGAUACGAAACCCCAGACCGCUGGCCCGCUCUGCUGCAGCUCCUCAACCAGUCCACCAAGAGCACCAAUCCUCACGACAGAGGGGUUGGCCUCCUGCUGCUGAAUAAAGUUAUAGAGUCCAAUCCUGAACCUUUCAAGCCUCACUUUUGCCAGCUGCUGCAGCUGUUCAGCACCGUGCUGCAGGACUACAACAACCCCACAGCGCUCUACUACUGCAUCCUCACCCUCACCGCCAUUAUUGCGUACACCGGCACUGAAGAGAUGAAGGAAAUGCGUGCCAUCAUUCCGAAUCUGAUUCUUGCUCUAAAACACCUCAUCAAGGCAGACGAGAACCAAGCCAUUGAAGCCAUGGAGGUGUUAAUUGAGCUCAUGGAGAUUGAAAUGUCCAUCAUUGUCCCCCACAUCGCAGACAUCGUCCGCUUCUGCCUGGAGGUGGGCAGUGACACCACGCUGAGCGACUCUCUGCGAGUGAAAGCGCUCUCCUGCAUCACCUUCCUCAUCAAGCUGAAAAGUAAUUCGGUGUUGAAGCUGAAGCUACUAAAUCCCAUCCUGCAUAGCAUUUUCCCCAUUCUGACUGCAGCCCCCCCUCCUGGCGAGCAAGACCCAGAGGACGAAGAGGACGAUGGCGGCGACCCCAACGACAGCGAUAACCCCAAGCAUGGCGCGGCUCAGAUGAUUGACACCAUGGCGCUCCACAUGCCUCCAGACAAACUGUUUCAUCAACUUGUGCCCCUCACCCAGGCCUGCCUUAGCAGUGAGAACCCUUAUCAAAAGAAGGGCGGUCUCAUGUGUCUCGCUGUGCUGGCUGAGGGGUGUGCAGACUACAUACGCUCCAAGAUGCUGCCAUCGGUGCUGCAGACUGUCUGCCAGAGUCUGUCAGACAGCAAUAGGGUGGUGCGCAGCGCCGCCCUUUUUGCUCUCGGACAGUUCUCUGAAUAUUUACAGCCCGAAGUGAGUAAGUACUGUGCAGAGUUGAUGCCUUUGCUGCUGGGAUACCUCACCUCCCUGAACGAAGCCAAGAUCGGCCACGUCACAAAGGCAUUUUUUGCUCUGGAAAACUUCAUGGAGAACCUGGGAUCUGACAUUGAGCCCUACCUCCCCACCCUGAUGGAGACCAUGUUAUCUGCCCUCAGGAAUGCAGAAAACAUGAAAAUCAAAGAGCUGGCCGUGUCGGCUAUAGGUGCUAUCGCUAACGCAGCCAAGGAGUUGCUGGUUCCCUAUUUCCCUCCAGUGAUCGAAAGCCUGAAAGGUUUUCUCACCGCCACCACAGAGGAGAUGAGGCCUCUGCAAAAUCAGUCCCUCGACACUCUAGCUGUACUGGCCCGCAUGAUCGGCAAGGAAGUCUUCAGUCCUCUCGCUGCAGAAUGUAUUCAGCUCGGCCUCAACCUCACCGACACCAUCGACGAUCCUGACCUGCGACGAUGCACGUACGGUCUGUAUUCAGCUGUGUCCACCGUCUCGCCCGAAAGUCUGAUCCCCCACCUCACUGCCAUAACGACUGUGAUGCAGCUCGCUCUGAAGUCUAAUGAAGGCAUCACGGCUCACCUCGACGAAGACAAGACCUUCGUCCUGCUCGACGACGAUGACGACGAUAACGGCAACAACGCGAGAGGAAAAACCGAAGAGGACUUUUUGGAAGACGACUCGGAGGCAGACAUCCACGAGGUCGCAGGGUUCAGCGUGGAAAACGCCUACAUCGAUGAGAAGGAGGAUGCCUGUGAAGCUCUGGGAGAGAUCGCCUUAAGCACCGGAGUCGCCUUCCAGCCUUUCCUGGAGUCCAGCUUCCAGCAGGUGUUUGAGAUGAGAGAUUUCCCCCACGAGGACGUCCGCAGGGCAGCACUGGGCGCUCUGGGUCAGUUCUGUCAGGCUCAGCGCAAAGUCUGGACUGAGAAUCGCACCGAGACCAACCACCAGGCACUGCUGAAGUUGCUGGACGUGGUUCUCCUGUGCUUCGUGGAGACGGUGCGGAUGGACCGGGAGCGGCCCGUCGUCAUGGGCGUCCUGGAAGCCAUGAACGCCGUGAUCAAGUCCUGCAAGGAGGAAGUGUUCAGAAACCCUUCACACCUCAAGGAGAUCAGCAACGUCAUCCGUGACGUGCUGAAGAAAAAGACUGCUUGCCAAGACAGUAGCACCGACGAGGUCGAUGACGAAGAACAACAGGCAGAGUUUGACGCUAUGCUGCAGGAGCUUGCAGGAGAAGGGAUCCCCCUGGUGGCCGCCAGCGUUCCCGCAGACAAGUUUGCUCCUUACCUGAACGAUCUACUGCCUCUCAUCAUGAGUAAAGCUAAAUCGUCCUGCACGGUGGCUGAUCGUUCCUUUUCCGUGGGGACGAUCGGAGAAAUCCUCCACGCUCUUGUGAGCGUGUCAGGAGGCCGAGGGGUGGCAGGCCGACUGUCCAAUCGCCUGCUUCCCGUUCUGGUUGCCGGAGUGAAGGACAGCGACCCCGAGGUCCGCAACAACAGCGUGUUUGGGCUGGGGUGCCUGGCUCAAGCCGCCGGACCACUUGUCGUGUCAGACUAUCCCAUGAUGCUGUCUGUGUUUUCAAACAUGCUUGGCAAGGAGUCCGACCUCAGAGUAAUCGACAACCUGUGUGCCGCCCUCUGCAGGAUGAUCAUGAGCAACGUGGACGCCGUCCCUCUGGAGCAGGUCGUAACUGCUCUGGCGACACAUCUUCCACUUAAAGAAGAUCAGGAGGAGAACCAGACGGUGUUUAACUGCUUGACGAUGCUCUACAAACACAAUCCUGUCCUGGUGGUGAAGUUAAUCAAGCCCAUUGUUGCCGCUUCCAGUCACGUUGUUGGCCACAAGGAUGUUGAUAAAGAAACCCAGAGCACCGUGGUUUCUCUGAUGAAAGAAUUGGCCCAGAAGCAUGGCGCAGAGUUCCAAGCAGCGGCAGCCUCCCUCCCAGCAGAGCAGCAAGCCAAACUCGCCGCUGCCGUCACCUCCUCGUAGCCUGAACGCGUUCUUCAUCUUCCCUUCAAACAGUAAAACACUCUGACAGGACAACGGACGUUGCACUGUAGGAGGGGAAGGGGACGUUUGUCUGUUUGACAUAAAUAUAGCACUUCAGCCACUCUA